CUUUAGUUUCACCCAUACAAAAUGCAAUAUUUAUGUUUUCUGUGAUUUUCGACCUUAACAAAACACACGUUUUUGACGAUCCUGCUUGCCUAAUCUUCUAUUCAAAGUUGUUGCCUAGUUAAACAGCAAUCAUGGGCAAGGGAUUCAAUAAUUAUAUGACCAAGAAAUUCUUCCAUCCAGGAAGUAAAGAAAAUAUAAAGAGGGUAUGGAUGGCAGAACAAAAGCAUCAGCAUGAUAAGAAAAAGCAAGAAGAUAUGUUAAAUCAGUACCAGAAAGAGCAAGAUAUGUAUGGAAAUAGGGCAUUACUCGGGGAUGAGAAAGCCAAACUUGGAUUGAGUUUCAUGUACGAUGCACCCCCAGGAGCUGAGAAAGAACAUGAAAAAGAGGACGACGAACCGGAGUACAAGUUUGAAUGGCAGCGAAAAUAUAAUGCGCCACGUGAAUCGUACGCCAAGAAUGAUGAGACAAUUCGUGAUCAGCCUUUUGGUAUCGAAGUCCGUAAUGUCAGGUGCAUCAAGUGUCAUAAAUGGGGCCAUGUGAAUACAGAUAGGAUCUGCCCUCUGUUUGGAAAGUCGCUAACUGCGGAGCCACCGCAACCGGACAUGAAAACAUCGGACCUCCUCGAGGAUAUGAAGAGUGAUGGCCUCGUACUUAAGAGGAGCGUGAUGGAAAGAAAGGUAGAGGGGCAACUGGUAGACUCUGAAGACAGUGAUGAUCCAGAGGUCCAAUUCCUGAAAUCACUCACGCCAAAACAGAAAAAGAAACUGCUGAAGAAACUGAAUAAGUUACAGGAGAAGAAGUCGAGCAAGUCUAAGAAGAAGAAGAAGGACAAAAAGAAGAAAUCCAGGAAGCACGGGAGGAAAGAUGAUGAGUCUGAUUCUGACUCCGAAAAUGAUAGGCGGACAAAAACAAAAAAGAAAUCACACUCAAAGAGGGACUCGAGCAGUGAUUCAGAUUCCGACAGCGAAAGUGAACCAGAACAGAACUCUAGACAUAAACGCCACAUCCAGGAAGCACAGGCUAGUUCUUCAAGGAGACGCUCUGCUUCUCCCGAAAUAAGAAAGUCUAGGGGUGGUGGAAGAGGUCAAUCCUCAAGGGAAAAUGAUAGGGGUCAUUCUGCUAAAAAUGGACACCCUGAUCACAGCCGAAGUAAUAUGUCUCCAAAACGGGAGUCACAUCGUGAUAGAUCACCAAGAAGAGAGACCUAUCGGGAUAGCUCACCGCAAAGGGACUCUUACCGAGGUCGUUCUCCAAGGAGGGACUCGUACCGAGAACGCUCUCCAAAGAGGGACUCAUAUCGAGAUAGGUCACGGGAAAAAGACUCGUAUCAAUGGAGAUCGCCAAAAAAGGAGUCCCAGCGUGAUAGGUCUCCGAAAAGAGAGUCGUAUCGCGAUAGGUCCCCUGUGAGGUCAAAUCGUGACAGGUCCCCAAGGCGUGAUUCGCAUCGCGAUAGGUCCCCUGUGCGUGGUCGAUCAUCACCAAGGAGGAAUCGGAGAGAUUCAAGAUAGACAGUCUGAACUCUUGGGUAAUGGUGACAUCUUUUGCAACAUAUCGGGCAGAGGAAUUUUCCCAUAUAAUUUUAUCAGUGCCUUCUGACUUGAAGAUUGAUUGAAAAGAACUCUGUCAGUAGUUCCUGUUUAAUACAGCUGGAAAACACUUCAUACGCACCUUCUGAUAGCCCUGAAUCUGUGCCAAUCCGAAGCAAAAGAGUCAGAAAAUAGGGCCAUGAACUCUCUUAUCUCGGACAUUGAUCCUGGAGGUCUCUGUUUUGUUAUUUCAGACCUUAUUUGAUUGUAAAUAAAGUGUUU